AUGUUAGCUAGCUAGAUGGCUAACUGUAGCUGUCAGUGUUGUUGCUGUAACUGCUGUCAGCCGUUUGCCACGUUAGAUGGGUUUUCUUAUACAAAGUAAGUGACACUUUAUAAUAGUCAAACAUAACCCCACUCAUAUUAAUACUUUUAAAUGACUAAAAUGCCAAGGGAAGCGCAGCAGUGGCAGCUACAGCUAGCUAGUACAGAGUGCCAGCACUGCUGCUGCCCGGUGCCGGCGGCGAGGACACUUCCUACAAACUCGAUACAAAGUGCUGACACACACAUCAGACCGUAAACAACUCCUCAGAUAAAACUAUAAACGUGUGGUGUCACCGGUCUGCUGGUAAAGAGAAAAAUUACACAGUUCAUGUUCUUAAAAUUUGACAAACAAUCGCACGUAGCUACCUGUCAAUAUGCGCGACGAGCUACACCGAAUGAAUGGCUGUGACUGGUUAAAAAUGUAGAUUGUUUCCGGGUUACCACAGUCACAUGACCGAGGUCAUCCAACGGGUUUAAAGUUUAUUUCAGGACUACAUUUCUACACAGUCUCAUUCAUUUUCAAAGUAGGCUGUUACUAUGUUACUUUUAACCCUAGAACACUAUCGCGAAAAUUAGUAAUACCAUCACUAUCGCUGGGUGAUUUUUACCCGAAAUAAAAUACCCAAGAAAAAGUACUUGUCAUCAAAAUAUAUCAAAAUAGGACAAUACAUGACAAAUUAAAGUAGUGUUCUUUUAUUUUUAACUGUGCAAUGUCCAAAGGGAGGGGAAAAGUGCAAUGAGGGGACCAUGUAAAAAUGCAACAAAAUAUCUGAAAUUAGGCAUUUAUGAACAAAAACUCCUAAAAGAAAAGGAAAAAUAUGAACUUAGUUUCUUUUCCACCUAUUCCUGAGGCAUGUGAGUCUUCCCUGGUGAAGACUCAGGGUCCUCGGCACAAUAACAGCUGCAGGAGAGAGAGAGAACCAAAAUAUGACAGAUUUUGAGUGAGUGAAAAUGACCAGCUGACUUAAAUAUUUCUUAUCACCAUAUGAACUCCUUUCAAAAUCACUACUUUGUGAUACUAAUUCAUAACCACUGCGCUUAAUAAAGAUAGCAUGUAAAGUCCAGGACCACUCUUACUGACCUUAUUCCCUACAUGCAGCUAUCAAAUCCACCCAAACCUACUUUACCCUCUAUCACCUGAACACGUGCCUGUAGGAAAAAGUGGGUUUUGGAUCAGGGAAACAAAUAUGCCUUCAAAGAUGUCAAAGGCGAUGCUGAAGCUACCCAGGGACACCAUGAUACUCAGACAAAUGCAGAAUAAUGAAAAUCAUGUAAACAUGUGUGGUCAGGUGAAAAUCACCCGGCAAUAGUGUUCUAGGGUUAAGAAGACAGAAAGCGCACAUGUAAAACUUAUAAAGGGUUUAGGGGGCAGAACACCAGCCACGACUGAAAUACUUUAGUUAACCUUAUAUUCUUCUCUUACUUGUAUAUGUUUAGUAUGAUUUGGAAAAUAAAACAACAUAAAAUUGCAAGAAACUCAGCUCUGAUUGUGCAAGUGGGGCAAAAGUUGUGCUGACUGCUAGUCCUUGCCAGAGACAAAACAAAAACAUAAAAAAAGGGGUCGGGGUAUUCUGCUGUUUGAGGAAACAAAGGUCAACCACUGAGUGAAACAUUUACAUCCGAUUGACUCUCAUUUGGGCCAAAGAUGUGAGGAAAGGUUUGAUUUUUAAUAGAGCUUGCUGGCAUGUUUUAUCAGAUUAAUUGCAUUUACUUGAGGGGGAAAUUACCUCAAAUUUCUCUCAGUAAUGAAGCUGGGAAAAGAUUAGACACAAUGAUUUUUUGUAGCUUGUAUUUUCCCUUUACUCCAGAGACACCCUCCCUCUUAUCAUAUUGGUCAACGACAGACAGGAACCUCCCCCUAAACCAAAAACCUGCACAUGCACACCAGACUCUGGACUUUACAGUACCACUUCUACCUCUCGGACACCUGCCCACAGAUUUACACUCUCCUGGAAAUGUGGUGCAGUCGUACGGCUCUGUGGCGGCUCCAGCGGAUUGCUGUUGCUCCUUUGAACACACCUGGGGGUCUCACAAGCAACGUGCAAAGGGAGAUGUCAACCAUGCAGCGGGUGUAUGUGACCCGUCAGAUCCCACCUGAUGGCCUGAAGAUUCUCCGUGAAUCUGGACAGUAAGUUAUUGACGUCUGUUUAACACAAGAAUAUUCCAAAUUUGUGGAAAGUCAUAUUUUUCUUAGUUUAAAAUGUCUUUUAGCAGAGUUCAUCAUUUACUUUAAGUAAACAGGGAGUUAGUGUUUGCCCUCAGGUUAGUUAGAUAAGACUGAUAGCUGGGGUAUUUUCCCCCAAACAGAAGAGAAAAAAGGCUUACUGUAUCUACACUACUCUGACACUUAAAAUAGUGCCUGUAUCAUGAUAUAUUGUAAAAAAAAAAUUUAAAAAAAAAAGUCUGAUAGGUGUUGAAUUUUCCCUUGAGGAGGAUUUAGACAAGACUUCCAUGAAUUUGAUCUUCAGCCACUGUUUUGAUUUCUCAAAAGGGUGCAGUUUGACCUGUGGGACUCAGAUGACGCCCCUGUACCUAGGAAGGAGCUCCUCCAGAAGGUCAAAGGUGUUGAUGGAUUACUCUGUGUGCUGACAGAGAAGAUUGAUGCAGAGCUGUUGGAUGCUGCAGGUCUUAAAGCAAUUUUUGGGAGUCAAUUUAAUGACAAAUAUUGUAAAAAUGAAAAGAUAUUAUAGUUUUUUGAUGGGUGUACUUCUGCAGGUCCAAACCUGAAAGUCCUCAGCACCAUGUCUGUGGGUUUUGACCAUCUCAAUUUGGAGGAACUAAAGAAAAGGUCCUUUUAUGCUUUUUAAUUUUACUGUCAUUUUGUAUAGUCCACAGUCAUAAAGGCUAAAGCAUAAACACAAAUGUGAUUGUGUGCGUUUUCUCUCAGAGGGAUCCGUGUGGGUUACACCCCUGAUGUUCUCACAGACGCUGUGGCUGAGUUGACUGUAGCUCUGCUGCUCGCUACCUCCAGGAGGCUCAUAGAGGCCACUCAUGAAGCCAAGAUGUAAUGCUACUCAUACACACACGUGUCUGUAUCUAUCUUUUAUUUAUUCGUUUAUUUUACAAAAGUGAAACACACACUUCUGCUUGUGUUUGUGUCACAGUGGCGGCUGGGGCACAUGGAGAACCCUGUGGCUGUGCGGAUAUGAACUAGCUAACAGCACUGUGGGGAUCCUGGGCCUGGGGAGGAUUGGUAAACACGGCGUGCUCAUUGGCUUGUCGUGAAACGGCCACAGCCAUGAUUGUUACAUUUGUUAAUUCUUACUCAGUGAAGAACUGUCUUCUUGCAUUUUCAGGUGUGGCCAUUGCUGAGCGCCUGGCACCUUUUAAGGUAAAGAAGUUUAUCUACACAGAUGUGGCCCCCAGGCCUGAGCUGGCCAGUCUCAUCAAUGCAGAAUACGGUACGGCAUCUGUUGCAUGCUUCACUAUCAAAAUGCAUCAUAUCAGUAAAAUGCAGUCACAAUGAAUGCCAAUGACUCAUGAUGGAGCAGUUAUACAGGGAUUUGCAGUAAUGGACAGUCUUAGACAAAGGUUGUUUCAACUUCUAUGACUGUUAACUCCAUUCCAACCCACUAAUGUGUUCAAGCAUUUUAAGGAAUUCAGCGUAAUGAUUUCAGCAUAAAAUGAAAACUUCACUUGCUCUGCCUCUUUCCAGUCUCUUUUGAUGAGCUGGCAAAGCAGUCCGAUUUCCUGGCUGUGUGCUGUGCUUUAACACCGGAGACGAAGGAGAUCUGCAACAAGAACCUGUUCUCCAAGAUGAAGAGCAGCUCCAUCUUUAUCAACACCAGCAGGUACCUUUAUUGAACACAAUUGCUUUAACUGAACGCUUAUUAUUCUUGCUCAUUAUUUACCGCUUUAAUGAUCUAAAUAAAUGUCCUGAUUGGCUCUGUGACUCUGUGUCGUAUCAGAGGUGGUGUGGUGAACCAGGAAGACCUGUAUGAGGCUCUAUCUACAGGGAAAAUUGCAGGAGCUGGGUUAGAUGUUACAGUUCCUGAACCCCUGCCCACAAGCCACCCCCUCUUUACCCUCAAAAACUGCGGUGAGUCAGUCAGAAGUAUUGGUGCUUUAACUACCUUUAAAAAUAUCAAAAUUUCAUCAUGCCCACUUCUCACGGUUUGCUGUUUUCAUUUCUUUCCUCUUGCAGUUAUUCUCCCUCAUAUUGCUAGCGCCUCUUAUAGUACCCGUAACGACAUGUCCUCUCUGGCAGCAAACAACCUCCUUCUUGGCCUGCGAGGGGAAUCAAUGAUCAAGGAGCUCAAACUUUAAAAAUGGUUUCGCUCUGAAAUCCGCUGACUGUUGAAUCCGCUCAUGUAUGUAAUUGCUCUUCAUGAGGAUAAGAAUUAAACUGUGAUGUAAAGAACGGAGUACAACGUUUCUUUAUUUUGAUUCGAGUCAACUCAAUACACAGAUUUUGGUUUAUUCUUGUACAAUUUCAGUGCCAUCAUAUUUCAUAAAACAUCGACAACGACAAAACUGUUUCACUUUUUUUAAUUCAAUUUUUUUGAAACAACUGAACACACUAUACGAUCUUCAUAGCCUUUACCAUACAUUUAGUCUAACAUUUAUUCUUCUUGUGGUCACACUAUGUUAGCUUUACACAAAAACGAUCACAGUAUAACUUCAGAUCUGGCAUUGUUGUUGAUAAAAGCCCAGCUUUUUAAGCUCUGGGGCGUAAGGCAGUGACUUUAAUAAUCAAUUUAGGCCUUUCAGAUAUUCUUACAUUUUGGCAUAUACGGACAGGGGUAAUACAGUCAGUGCAUUUUUCAGAUAUUCACAUUAACUGUUACAUAUAACAGCUUUAAAAGACAGCACCAUAAAAAUCAUGACCAGGCCACUUUGUGACACAUGGAGGCCGUUUUGGAGGACUCUUAAAUCGUUGGGAGGAUAUCUGAUUUACCUCUUUUUUUAGAGAGAGGAGAAGAUUGUAUGAGAUAAAGAUUUAAUAACCAGCAUCAUUUAUUCAAUGAUAAAACUUCAAAAACUCUGCUAUUGGUUCUUUCACUGUCAGGAAGAACAGGGUAAUCCUAAAUUAGUGUUUAAAAGGCUUUUUUUUUUCCUCUGAAGUCAUAAAUCAGGGUAAUCCAUAAACAUAUGUUUGACUUGAAACACAUUGAUUUUGUACAGGCUGACAGUGCAAUGACUCUACAGUACAAUAAGGUGCCAACAAGAAAUGGAAGCAGUGACCAUGAGUUUCUUAUUGACGGUGUAAGUGACACAACACAGCAAGCAGAGACAUCUAUAAAAAGGCGAAUGUACUUUAAGUGUUACUUUUUCAUUUGGUUCAUUGUAACAGAACUGUACAAACUGCAUAAUCAUUGAUUUCAGCCAACCAUUACCCAACACAUGAAGCUGCUCUCAAUGACAGCUCUGACCCACAGUCUUUUUGUCAAUUCACGUAACAAACUGUAGAGAUUGUGUUAUGAUUAAAACGUUAGCAGAAAACGCUACAACCCCAUAGCUUUUAAACUAGGACCCUGGAGUGCAAAGAAGCAACUUCUUUGACGUAUUUGAAUAUUCCAGUUCACAUUUUAGUUAAAAGAAGAAUGAUUUGUCUAGGUUAUUUUAUAACAUGUACGACACUGGAUGUAUAAAGAUUAAUUCAUAAAGCACUAUUAUCAAGUACAUUAUCGAACUCAAACAAUACUCAAUUCCUUGAGAUUUUUUUUUUUCUAUUUUACACACGAGAGAGAUACAGUACUGACCACAACUGGGUGACUUUCACUGUUCUGCCCAUGAACACAUCUUUGUAGCUCUUUGAGGAAAUGACAGUCUGUACACUUAAGCACACCAGAAACCAGAGAGUCAGACUGAUGUUUGGAUGGUCAGUGAACUCGAUGGAUCCAAGCUGACGUUUUACUGUCAUUUCUAGUCAGAAAAUAGAGGGAGAGUUUCUCAAUGCACUUCAAUUGAAUUAAAAAUCACAACUUAUUGCAAGUUCUGCACAUAUUA